AUGGCCGAUUCUGACGAGUUUUACGAGGGUACUGAAGGUGAUUUUGACGAUGACUUUACAACUAAUCGUGACAAAGCGUACAACGAGUACGAGGAUCCCAACAUGUGUUUCGAUGUUCCUCAAGACACACCAACAACUUCUGAGGAUCACAGUCAACAUUUCAAUGUAGGUGUUGAGUUUGAAACUGGGAAAAAAUUAGUGGAAUGGGCAAAAAAAAUGGCUGCUACUCAUGGUCAUCGAUUGAUAGUAACUUCAAGCAAGAAAAACGUGUAUGUAGUAUUUAGAUGUCAUUUGUCUGGGGAGGGACGUGAAAAACGAACCGUAGGUGCGAUACCACAGAAUGUGGGAACAAAAAAAUGUGGAUGUCCUUUUCAUAUAUACUGUAGCAAAAAUUCAAACGAUGGACUAUGGCGAAUGAAUUUAAAAAGUGGCACUCACACUCACCCGAUACUAUCGUAUCCUACCGGACAAGGACCGGAUAGUCGUUUGACACCAGAAGAAUACGAGGUAGUGAAGUUACUUAGAAGGAGCCACGUGAAGCCGGCAUUAAUUAUGGAUCGAUUGAGAAAGGAUAAUCCACAGACAUCAACGAGUGUGAAACAUGUCUACAACCAACUUGAGAAGAUGAAAAAAGAGAAUAUGGCGGGGAAGACUGUGAUACAACACGUGAUGUCGAACCUUCAAGAAUCUGGAUAUGAAUAUUGGUAUCGAAGUAAUGAAGCUGAUGAUACACUUACUGAUUUGAUGUUCGCUUCUCCUAUUUCAUUGAAACUUUUGCGGUUAUUCUCUCACGUUAUAUUGAUGGACUGCACUUACAAAACCAAUAGGCAUGAGAUGCCACUUUUGAAAAUAAUUGGAAUCACUCCUGUUGGUAAGAAUUUUACAAUUGCUGUUGCUUUCAUGUCACAUGAAGAUGGAAACACAUACGAAUGGGCUUUGCGUUGUUUGAAAUGUGCAUUGGGGGGGCUGCACAAAUUCGUCAAAGCAUGGACUAAUAAGAUUUUGCAUUUUGGGAACACGUCGACAUCUAGGGUGGAAAGUGCUCAUAAAUCGUCGAAGGGUUGGAUUAAUGCUUCUACCGGUGGUGUGAACACCAUUCAAUAUCAGCUCGACUCCGGGGUUGAGUAUCAACUAACCAAGAUCAAGGGUGAGUUUUCAAAAUGCAGUUUAAUCCGAUUGCACUCAUCAUCGUAUCCGGUAUUUCAGGGUUUGAUAUGCAAAGUCACACAUAAAGCAUUAAAUUUGCUUGAUGAUGAGCUCAAAAAACCGGGGUUUGAAGACCCAUAUCUUUGUGAUCACGUUUUGUGGGAUACUCAUGCACUUCCUUGUGCAUGCCGAAUUGCGUUGAAAAUCCAGCAACGUGAUACAUUUAUAUCUAUGGAUCUACAUCCAUUUUGGAGUACCAUGCACGUUGAAGAACCAGAAAUACCCGAAGCACAGAUGGAUCGUGAAACAAAUAUGAGAGACCGAAUAAUCAGACUAGCCACGGAAGUGUUAGAAAAAGAUUAUAUGACUCAAAAGAUGACUGCUGAUUACAUGAAUAGCACUAUUCAUCCAGACACCAUCCACUUGGCAGAGCUUGUAUAUGUUAUACCGAAAGGAAGGCCAAAGGAUAAACCGACGAAGAGAGAUAAAUCCGGUUGGGAGUUCCCAACAUUCCAGCGGAAGCCGUCUACUGGUGAAGAAAAGGGUAAAUCGUCUGCAGGUUCUAAGGGUCGAAAAAAUACUUCUACCGGAACCCCACCAUCGAAAGUAACCGAUCCCGGGUCUGGUCGUGGACGGGGGCGGGGUCGAGGGAGUGGUAGAUCAAGUGAUGAAUCCACUGCCAAUCAGAAUCGUACGCCAAUGCCUCGAAAGAAACCGGGCGAUGAGCUCAAUUUCAGAUCUUACAUCCCAGGUUUUGUGGCAGGAUCUAUUGUGUCGUAUGCUAAUGUUAUAGCAGAUGGAAAUUGUGGGUACAGAUGUGUGGCAGAAGCAGUGUUCCGAGAUCAGAACAGAUGGAGUCGUGUAAGGAGAGAUUUGAUUGCCGAUAUGUACGAGCAUUUUGGUACGUACGCAUCGCAAAAUGGUCAAGAUGAAGUCAUCCGAUGGAUAGAAAAAUGCGAUUGGCAAGAAGGACCGUGCAGUCGGGACAAAUGGAUGUCAUUUCCGGAUAUGGGAAUGUCGAUAGCGACUAAAUACAAUGCGGCUUUGGUCUUAUACGCCAUUGGCGGAAAUAUAACCUACUUACCUCUAGUUGGUCCGGGUGAAUUAUCACAUAUGAUCCAUAUGGUGUUGUUAGGAAACCAUCUUGUCUACAUUUUUUAUGUAGAAGUACUCGAGUGA